AGAAAGACAUAAGUAGUAUUAUAAAGAGAGGAUUGAUCUUCAUACUGUCUAUUAACUAAAAAAAAUGGCUUGUGCAUCUCAAAACACCAAAAGUAGUCUUGUCCAUGUCUUUCUUGUCUCAUUUCCAGGUCAAGGUAAUGUUAACCCUCUUCUUCGUCUAGGGAAGCGCCUUGCUAGCAAGGGCAUUUUGGUCACUUUCUCUGCUCCCGAAAGCGUUGGCCAAGAGAUGAAGGCUGUAGAUGGGAAUUUAAUCACAGAUCAACCAACUCCUUAUGGAGACGGUAUGAUCAGGUUUGAAUUCUUCGAGGAUGGAUCCACGGAUCAAUCCAAAAUUGGUGAUUUUGACUUGGCGAUGGAAAUGCUUGAGCAAGCCGGAAGAAAGAAUUUGCCUAAAAUCCUUAAGAAACAGGAGGACGAAGGUCGUCCUGUUUCUUGUAUAGUCAACAAUCCUUUUAGUCCAUGGGUAUGCGAAGUUGCUGAGAGUUUUGCAAUACCUAACGCGUUGCUUUGGGUUCAAUCUAGUGCUUGUUUUUUGAUAUAUUACCAUUAUCAUUUCAAUCUAGAGUCUUUUCCAACUGAAUCCGAACCUGAAAAGGAUGUUGUCCUACCUAACAUGCCUGUUUUAAAAUACGAUGAUCUGCCUACGUUUCUACUCGAGUCUAAUAGUUUCGAAUUAGUGUUGAAAAGGAUUAUUUUGGAUCAAUUCCAUAACUUAUCCAAACCUUUUUGCAUACUGGUGGACUCAUUUCAAGAACUUGAAGAGGAUGUGGUAAGACAUAUGUCGAAAAUUUGCCCCAUUAGAACUAUUGGUCCCCUGUUAUUCAAUGACCCUAAAAUUGCGAACAUUCGUGGUGAUUGCAUGAAAAUUGAGGAGGAUUGCAUCGAGUGGCUCGACUCGAAGCCACCAUCUUCAGUUGUUUACAUUUCAUUUGGUAGUAUUGCAGUUCCUGAUCAAGAACAAACAGAUGAGAUCGCGUUCGGGUUAUUAAAUUCGGGGAUAUCUUUCUUGUGGGUUAUCAAACCACCCCCUGAAUAUUCUGUUUUUCAGCCUGUUGUGUUACCUGAUGGUUUUCUUGAGAAAGUUGGUGGCAGGGGGAAAAUAGUGAAAUGGUGUCCACAAGAACAAGUGUUGUCUCAUCCUUCUGUAGCCUUUUUUCUCACACAUUGUGGAUGGAAUUCGUCGAUGGAGGCAAUUUCAAGUGGCGUCCCCAUUGUGGCUUUCCCUCAAUGGGGUGAUCAAGUCACGAACGCCAAGUAUUUGGUGGAUGUGUUCAAAAUGGGGAUUAGAUUAAGAAGGGGUGAGCUUGGGAGUAAGAUAAUUACAAGGGAGGAGAUCGAGAAUUGCUUGCGUAAAGCAACUAGUGAUGAUUCAAAGAUAGUUGAGAUGAAAGAAAAUGCGCUCAAGUGGAAGAAACAAGCAGAGGAAGCAGUGGCAGAGUGCGGCUCCUCUGCUAUUAAUAUCCAAGCAUUUGUGGAUGAGCUGAAAAAUAUCCAUGCCAAGAAACAAGAAGAAAACGCCAAGUGAUCGAUGUUCGUAAUUGAAAAAUAGUGUGUGUGUGUGUGUGGAGUUGGUGUGUGUUUGUGUUUUUACCAAAGAACUUAGGAUGACAAUCAAUUCUAAAGUUCAAGAUGUACACUUGAAAGAUUCUUCAUUCCAAGUCUUAAUUCAACCUAUUACAUAAAUAUUGAUUUUAUUUGUUUA